GUCAUAUGACCGACGUUACGCGAGAAUUGAUGUUCUGUAGGCGUUGACUUGACUUCUCGUCGGUGCACCUCGUGAUCUCUCAGUUCCUGACAGCUCCUCGAAGAUCUUUUGACGAAUUUCUCAUCGUAAAUUUCAUCGAGGAAAAACACACGGAGACACCAUGGCACUCAGCGACGCCGACGUUCAGAAGCAGAUCAAGCAUAUGAUGGCUUUUAUAGAGCAAGAGGCUAAUGAAAAAGCAGAGGAAAUAGAUGCAAAAGCUGAAGAGGAAUUUAAUAUUGAAAAAGGACGUCUGGUACAACAGCAGCGUCUAAAGAUUAUGGAAUAUUAUGAGAAAAAAGAGAAACAGGUUGAACUGCAAAAGAAGAUACAAUCUUCCAACAUGCUUAAUCAGGCUCGAUUAAAAGCUUUAAAAGUGCGUGAGGACCAUGUCCGUAAUGUUCUUGAUGAAGCUAGAAAGAGAUUAGGUGAAGUAACUCGUGAUACAGGACGAUAUAAAGAAAUUCUUCACUUGUUAAUCAUUCAGGGACUUUAUCAACUAACAGAAAGUAACGUUACACUUCGUGUUCGUCAAGUGGACUUAGCUAUUGUAGAAUCUAUUCUGAGCGGUGUCCAACAAACAUACAAGCAGAAGACUAAGAAGGAUGUUACUCUGAAAAUCGACUCCGAUAAUUUCUUGCCUGGCGAAAGUUGCGGAGGUGUGGAAUUAUUAGCAGCCAGAGGACGCAUAAAGAUUAGCAAUACUUUGGAGACUAGAUUAGAGCUGAUAGCGCAACAAUUGAUACCCGAGAUUCGUUCUGCUUUAUUCGGAAGCAAUCCGAACCGCAAAUUUAACGAUUAAGCUAUCUUUUUUUUUUUUUUCAGCCGAAUUUGACUUUCCAAAACAUUCCCUCUUUACGGCAGAUUGCUAUCGCGUUAUCAAUGUAUCGUGUAGAAUACAAUUAGCAAUUCCGACAAUAUUUUUUGUGGCUCACGCCUAAUAUUUUCGAUGAAAGUAUCCGAUGGAUUGUUAUGCAAUAUUUAUCAUUGAAAGAAAAAAGUCGUGAAUAUUGUA